CGCCUCAUAAAUGUUUAAUAUAGGUCGGUGUUCGAAAGUGAUUACUUCAGUGCAAUACAACAGAACGUCGCUGAGCGAACCGAGGGAAAGAAAUAUUCUUGAUUUGUGCUAUGAGACGUGUUCAGUCUCCAGUCGAAAUAGCAACACACCACCUGUUUGAUGAACAGUUUUAAUUGCAUUUUUCGUUAUCGUUUGAUGUGAAACGUAAAUUGUCGCUGGAAUAAAGAAAAAUGUACGGCCAGAAGGAGAUCAUUUCGUGUAUGGUUAUUGUUACGUUGGUGGCAAUAUUGAAUUACUACAGAUCGAUUAUCAAACGUGAUAAGGAGAUACAGAAUGCUCGCCGGGCCGUUCUGGAGAAACAGAAAAUGGAUGAGCUACUGGCCGAAGCCGAACGGGCUGCUUUUAAUCGGGAAAUGUUUCUGAAAAAAAUGCUAGAGUACAGUGACCGGUGCUAUGAUAUCCAUGCAUUGAUUUAUCGUCCAAGGGAUUACGAUUUUACCGAAACAUUAAUCCAUUCUGUUGACAAUUCAACCGACUUGGAUACUGUUAAUGACGAAUUUAAUCUAGUGCCGGAGAGGAACGAAUUUGUGACCUUAAAGGAAAAGGAUACAGCAAAGAAAAGAAACGAAAAGGCUGAUACUUCUAAGAUUGUUUAUGUUCUCGUCGCGGUUUUGCUAGGCUCGUUGGUGAAGGCUGCUCUGGAUUUAACGAAGCAUUAUAAAAAGAAGGACAAUAACGAAACGGAGAAUGAUAUUUUGCGCAGAUGCUCUCUCCAGGAAUACUCGCUGCUGAAACAUAAACAAAGGAACCAACCAAAAGCAUUUGAAAUAUUCACGAGAAAAUCGAUAACCACGCAACGUAGUUUGGACAGCGGUUCAACGGCAACCAAACAGCAACAGGAACAUUUUAUGCGACGGAUGAGUGGCAAUCCACAAGAUUACUCCAACGGUUCUGGCUUCACUACACCAGGCAUAGCGGCUCCAACUUUGACGGCGCCCGCGCCCGGAAAGUUGUUGGCUGGCCGUCCAGCACCUCUAAUUCGACGGUGUUCGGUACCAACAUUCGCUCCACCAAACCAUCAAAGUAUUUUCGGCCAAUUGCGUAGACCUUCAAUGGAUUCUUUUUCAGAGGACGAUACCGGUGGAGAAACAAAACGUAGAGUACGGAUGAUUCAGAGGCACUGAGCAACAGCGUUCGAUUUUAAACUUUUUGAUAGUCUGACUGUACUGUUCGAUGUUAGUCAACUGAAUGUGAUAUUUUCUGAAUGAACAAAGAGAUAAUCGAUCCAAGACACACACCAGUAUAGGUCUUUUUAGCAGACCAAAGAAGCACUAACUUUAGUCAGUGGAAUGAACAAAAUUUGGCACUAUUUUUUCACAAAUAAACUAUUAGAUUAAACGGUGGCGUGUCUAUAACCUUUAACAGACGAUAUAUCACUCAUAAUAAUCGAGACUCUUACUUCGCCUGGUUUCUACAACACCAUCCGAAUAGGUCCUAUUUUCGAGGUUUCAUAUUCACCACAUUCCAUUAAGUUUGUAGAAAAAGUGAUGAAAUAGCCGUCUGAAAAAGGUUAAAUAAAGCUAGGGAAUUAUCUGAGAAAUGAUACAUUUAAGCGGUCAACUAUAGUUGAUUAUUAAAUUGAUUUGUUGGAAAAUCAAUUGAAAUGAAAUUGGGAAAUAUAUUUGUUCCCUUCCAUUUAUUUGGAAUAAAUGGCCAUAAUCCAGGGUCUAUUUUCAAUCAGUUUCUUAAUUUUCAACGAGGAAGAUUAAGAAAAUCGUAGAAAUAUUGACUAAAGCUAAAGGACCUUCCAGCAAUAAUCCCACCUAUAUCAUCACAAUGAUGAAUUAUUUUGAAACGGCCUUGAUACAUCGAACAAAUAAUAACGUUUGAAUGUAUCAUUAAUCGGUUUCAGCUCACGCAAAAUCAAUCCUAAACUGAUAACUCCCUAACUUUAUGCGCUCAAAAAAAAACUUUUAAAAUUUAAUGUAUGUAAUGUACCUGUGUAAGCAAAAAUUGCAAUGUUCUUAUGAUAUUCCAUAUUUUAACUGUUUUUUAAAUAAAUGUUUAUCUAAAUAUU